UUUACUCGGCGAGGAGCUCAGGAGCACGUAAAAUUCAUGCACUAUGUUUUCUUUAUGUGCAAUGUAAUUCUCUGUCAUGAUAAAAACUUCAGUUUACAGUACUUCCAAAUUCAUGUGGAUUGGAAGGCUAAGGAAAGUUUUGCGCUGUUUACGCCUAUCAUGCUAUCUUAAUUUGCUAGCUUCGUUUUAGAUGUUCUGUAGGAUAGAAUAUAAGAUUUCAUUUUCUGUCAGCGUUACUACAUCAUAAUGACUGCACCGCAAUUAGUGGCACCAUCGUUUGCUCUCGGCUACACUAACGAUUACCUGCGCACCAAAGAGCGACAUGGUUAUACCCGUGCGCAGUCCCUCAGUGUUCCUGGUUGUGUGCGCUCCAGCCGCCCUUCGGGCGCAUUUAAUGUGGACGAACCUCGAUUGGAUUCUGAUCAGUUUGGCGAUCUCAUUAAAACGGGAUGCCUCCAUCCGGAGUUCUACACGACGCCAACGCAACGUGCAACCAACCUGACAUUGGCAGAUGAGAAGAAGCUCCUGCAGGAUCGCAACGCCGAAAGUGCGCCAGUGUUGAGGUUCUUCGCCUACCGUGUGGAUGUUGUACAGCAGGAGAAUCCGUUUCUGAAGCUGAACCAUCGGGUGCGCCAGUUCACAGUGUACUACUACACGGAGGAUAACUCCAUCCGAGUGUAUGAAAAUCCACAAGUUAAUGCCGGCUUUGAGCAAGGAGUAUGUUUGCGAAGAGCGCGCUACUACAUGCCCGGCCCGGAGCGUGUAUUCUGGCACUGGAGCAAUCUGGAUAUCGGUGUGGACCUGGAUCUCAGCGGACAUCAGUUCCACCUUUACGACUGCGAUGAUUAUACAAGGUACUAUUAUCUUUACAAUGGAUCAACAAUCGGUCCCCCCGAAAAACUCCCGGACGAUCCAUAUCUUCAGUACAGAGAUUUUGCUGCGCGACCACAUACCAUUCCAUCGGACAAGCCAGACAUUCCACCGCUCAGCCGUUUCCUUCAGUACGACGGGAAAGUCCUGACUUUCGAGGUCAUCAUGGACGAGACCAUGUUCAAAGCCGGUGAUGUCCGCAAGAUGUGCCUCAAAUACUAUAUAUACGAUGACACCAUGGAAUUAACAAUGCGACCCGCGAAGAACUCCGGCUACGAUCCCGUACGGACCAUCAUCAAGCGCCAGAAAAUCCCGAAGAACUUCUACAAGGACCUUGUUCCGGAGAUCGGGGAUAAGACAACACCGGAAUGUUACACGUGGAAGGACCUGAAAGCGGGGCAAACGCUGUUGUUGUUCGGGAGAAAGGUCACUAUUUGUGAUUGUGAUGAGGCAACAAAGGAGUGGUACAAGGCAAAACUGGGGCACAUGGAGUUUCCCAAAGUCCAUCCGGAUGAGCUGUUGCCGCAGCAGCCGGAGUUGAAUAAGCAUCGGCAUAGCGAAUGGCAUCCGAUGCACCGGCAAGGCGGCUUCGAAGACAGUAUGCAGAACUGUCUGAGUCUCAAUCCACAGCCUCCCAAGAAAAACGAUCUGCAGGCCAUCGUUUACGAUAAGGAAGUUCUCCGUUACGAAGCGCGACUGGUCACCCAGGAGCCGGAUGAUCGGUCGCGACGUUUCGUCUUCUCUUACUUCGUCGGCGAUGGAACCGUGAUGAUUAUGGAGCAGUCUGUCGCCUCUAUCAGUUCCGUCAAGCAGACAUUCUUGUCGCGACGAAAACUGAUCAAGGAAGGCACAUCCAACCCACCCGAGUAUUACACCGAGCAGGACUUCACUAUUGGAUCCGUGCACUUCAUCUGCGGACGCUAUUUCCAAAUUGUUAACUGUGAUGAACACGUGGUUAACUUUGCCUUGAGCCAGCCGGGAAUGUAUACUCCCGAGCAGAUUGAUCAGUUUCGCAGAGCGGUGGACAGCGGGAAAGCGGCAGUUAGAGAGGAUGUGUAUGUGGCAACCGGCGAGGUUGAGAGGGAUGUUGCUGAAGCGUUGAACAAGCUGAACCGCUGGUACAACCUCGAUCACCAACGGAUCUACCGACUGUUUUUGGAAAACGAUGUCGAUAAGACUGGAAAGAUUAAUAAAGAGAUAUUGAGUAAAAUCUGUUACGGUCUCGGGAUUUCAUGUGAGGAUGAUAUAAUUAAGGGCAUGCUGCAGAAAGUUGGCAAGACCGAAGAUGAGUCGUUCGAAUUUGUGCGAUUUCUUCAUGGCGUCAAUAUGCUGCACCGAUUUGUAGGGUCCGCUUAAUGUACUCCAUUCUAAAGCGUUUUUUGGAGAUUUUUGGAGAUUGGAGACAUUGGGUAAAAUAAACUUGGGCAGUAG